AUGUCAAGGAUAAAAUGUCCUGGUCACUGUUUGAUCACAUAUCAUCUUCGAUCACUCCUCCUCUUUCUUCUUUCUUCCCCUCCUUCCCCCAUGUCCUACACCCGCUUCUCCUCGCGAAAAGCAACCGCAAUCAUCGCUACUAUUGGCGUGAUUGGGAUUAUCGCCGCUAGGAGAAUCUCGUACAACAAGGAAGCUCUUGCUGAAUCGACAAUUCCCUGUGAAACAAUGACCACUGUUCGUCCGGCCAUGGGCCUUGGUGCAAGAAUGGGCUUCCUCACUCUACGCCUGGAGAGCUCUCACCAGGUGAACGACAAUACAAAGCGCCUUCUCUUCCAGCUUCCAGAUCCGAAUUUCAACGCAGGACUGGGCUUGACUUCUUUCAUUCUGAUAUUCCAUAAGCCCGCCAGCGGCUGGCUUCCGGUGAUUCGACCCUACACCCCGAUCAAUAACUUCAAUGAGCUCGGCUACAUUGAGCUUCUGGUGAAGAAGUACCCCAACGGACCCGCAAGCUCGCACCUGCACUCCCUCAAACCGGGCGACACUUUGAGCGUUCGAGCACCCAUGACCAGCUUCAAAUGGAAACCAAAUGAAUUCGAGUCAGUCAACCUCAUCGCAGGUGGUGCUGGUAUUACCCCAAUCUUCCAGCUGAUCCAAGGAAUCUUGAACAACCCCGAAGACCGAACCAAGAUCAAGCUGAUCUUCGGUGUCAACACGGAUAAAGACCUGGUCUUGAAGGAGGAACUGGAUGCUUUCGAGCGAGGAUUCCCUGGUCGUUUGAAGGCCGUUUACGCGAUCUCGAACCCGGCUGAUGGAUCGCCUUUCUACAAGGGUAAGGUUACGAAGGAGUUGUUGCAGAGAGAAUUGGUCGGUGCCAAGGAUGGGAAGGCGAUGAAAAUCUUCCUCUGUGGACCACCGUCCAUGGAGGCGUUCAUCUUUGGCAAGAAGGGAUGGUUCUCUAACCAGAAGGGUGCUUUGGAGGAACUUGGUUACUCCUCUGGCCAAAUCUUCAAGUUCUGA